CAUCGUCACAUGUCCGUGCUUCGACAGGACGCGCCCCACGAAAACACAAGAGAACCACCACCACGCAGCGCUUGUGUCGGCAGAGCAACCUCGGUCAUUCCAUCUCCUAGAGAGAGAUAGAGAGAGAGUGUGUGUCCAGGACGUCACCAGCAUUUCCUCUCGUUUUCCCGAGAAAACCUGCCACGGCCCAAUCGGGAAAGCACCGAGAAGACGUCGGGUUUCGUGCGUUUUCUUUUCGGGGAGAGAUGAUGAAGAGAAGGUCUAACGUGCACGGAAGGGUGAGCGAGAGCUCCGCCGCCGCCGCGGCGGUCACGUCGUCGUCGUCGUCCUCCUCCUCGAGCGCCGCGAGCAGAGACGAGGAGGUCGAGUGGGAGAUGCGGCCGGGAGGCAUGCUGGUGCAGAAGCGGGCCGGGACCCCGGAUCUCCCCGCCCCGAACGUCCGGGUCCGGGUCGCCCACGGCGCGAUCCGGCACGAGAUCGCCGUGAAUCCCCAGGCCACGUUCGGUGAGCUGAAGAAGCUGCUGGCGGCGGAGACGGGGCUGCAGCCGGCGGAGCAGCGGCUGGUGUUCCGCGGCAAGGAGCGGGACGACGGCGAGUACCUGGACACCUGCGGCGUCAAGGACCGGUCCAAGGUCAGCCUCGUCCAGGACCCCAUCAGCAUCGAGCGCCGGCUCGUCGAGAUGCGCCGCAACGCCAAGAUCCAGACCGUCCACCGCGCCGUCUCCGGCGUCGCCGCCGAGGUCGACAAGCUCGCCGACCAGGUCUCUGCCAUCGACAAAUCGAUCGCCAAGGGAAAUAAGGUCCCGGAAGUUCAGAUCACGACGCUGAUAGAGAUGCUGAUGAGGCAAGCCAUCAAGCUCGAUGGCAUCUCCACCGAGGGCGACACCGCCCCUCUCAAGAACUUGCAGGGAAAGAGAGUGCAGAAAUGCGUCGAGACUCUCGACGUGCUGAAAGUAUCGAAUGCCAGGAUAAAGCCCGUGAUCGUCACGACAAAGUGGGAGACAUUCGAUCAUCCCCCGACAACGGUGGCAGCGCCGGCGGCAACGACUGCUGCCACGAACCCAUGGGAAUUUUUCGAUUGAUCUCUGAUAUAUGUAGUAGUAUUCCUCUUUUCUCUACGUUUCUCUUCUUUGAUUUUUGUUGUGUAAAUUGGGUUGAGAGAGACAUAAGCGAGCUGCAUGCUUGUGGGUUCAACAAAUGAAAACCUAGAGCUUUCUUUCUCUCCAUGGUCUUUUGCCAAAUAAGGGACUGGUUAUCAUACGCGCGCUAGAAAUUUUGUCAUGCAAGUAGUGAUUUAUGAAUGCUAAGAUGUUAUGCUGCACA